GGUGUGACGUUGAGUAUAACAGGUUCCGAGGUUCUAAUUCAUCUAAAUCAUUAUUGGCUUCAGUUAGCUGUUAUCGUUGCUACUAAGUGUUGCUUAUAAGGAGCAAAUUGAAACCGAUAUCUUGAGAAUACUAUGGCAUUAUUGCAAAAAUUGUUUCAGAAAACAUUAUUGACGAAUCUGCGGGCGUAUAGUGUGAAAAACUUACAGAAACCACCAAAAAUUUUAAUUACUGGUGGUCUGGGUCAACUCGGCGUGGAAUGUGCUAAAUACUUACGACAAAAAUACGGCCAACAGAAUGUCAUUCUAUCAGAUAUAAUAAAACCAACCCUAGAUGUGGCUAAUGAUGGUCCAUAUAUUUUCGCUGACAUUCUAGAUUUUAAAGGACUCCAGAAAAUUGUUGUCGACCACAGAGUAGACUGGUUGAUACAUUUUUCUGCUCUGUUAAGUGCAAUAGGUGAACAAAACGUUCCACUCGCUGUAAGAGUGAACAUCGAAGGCAUGCAUAACGUUAUCGAGCUUGCAAAACAGUAUAAACUUAGGAUUUUUGUUCCUAGUACAAUAGGUGCUUUUGGCCCUGACUCUCCCCGAAACCCAACGCCGAAUAUCACUGUUCAAAGACCAAGAACAAUUUAUGGUGUGUCUAAAGUCCACGCGGAGUUAUUGGGAGAGUACUAUUAUCAUAAGUUCGGGCUUGAUUUUCGUUGUUUACGAUUUCCUGGUGUAAUUUCGAGCGAUCCACCAGGUGGAGGCACAACAGAUUACGCCAUAGCAAUCUUCCAUGAUGUUUUACGUAAAGGCCAUUACCAAUGCUAUUUAAAACCAGAUACGAGGCUACCAAUGAUGCAUGUGAGAGACGCACUAAAAGCCCUGUCAGAGUUCCUGGAAGCACCAAACGAAAUCCUGAAUAGACGCUGCUACAAUGUCACCUCAAUGAGCUUCACUCCUGAAGAACUGGCCGACAAAAUGACUAAAUAUAUACCAGAUUUUAAGAUCACGUAUAUGCCGGACGCAAGACAGGAGAUUGCUGACAGUUGGCCCCAAGUGUUUGAUGAUAGCGAAGCAAGAAGAGACUGGAAUUGGAACCCCAAAGUGGACUUGGACAAUUUAGUUGAACUUAUGAUGCGCGAAGUCAAAGAUAAAAUAGCCAGCAACGGCUUUUGACAGUGUAUAUUUAAAAUUAGGUUUAAUAAAAAUAAUUGUGUAUUUUUCGAACACAUUAAUUGUAAGACAGUUUAAGGUUACCUAACCUCAGGACAUGGUACAAAAAAUAAAUAAUUACAAAUAUAAUUGCAAAAUAAAUAAGUAAACCUUGAAUUAGUCCUGUCCUGUUCGUGAAAAUAUAUAACAUACCUUUAGAUAACAAUCGUUUGUAAAUUUAGAAUCUUGAUAAAUUCUAUGCAAUUCAAAUUAUGUUAAUAAGCUGAAUCUCUAUUAAAAGCGUCUCAAAGGAAAUUUAGUACAUAGGCUACAUAUAACUUAAAUUUAUAAAUAGCCUUAUUGACAAUUACGGUAAAAAUACUAUUUUUUAUUUUUCGAUCACCAUAUUGCACGAGAUCUUCUGGGAAAUAAGUGUCGUUAAUAUGACAACAUUUUUAUAGACAAAUUGUCAUUUGGCAACUUAAUAUGGUAUCUGUGGCAGUCUCGCUAUGAAUACUGAAUAGCACUUCAAACGUGAAAUUAUGUGAAUAAUGUAAUAAACUCACAUUUAUAUAGGUGAAGUUGUAUUUAAAAUGCAUUUUCAA